AUGUUCCUUAAAAAAAACAAAAAAAAAUUUGGUGGAUUCAACCAUAUUUGGGUUACGGUAUUCGGAACCUUGAAAAAUUCUCGUGAUUUUAUUGUGAAACUUCCUGCAUUCGACGAUUUCUCGACAGACACUGUAGCCCUCUAUUACAUUCGCUUCGCUAAAUUCGCAAUUCUUCUCCUUGCAAAGAUUACGGUCGUUUAUCGUGAGAACAACGACGAUCUAUCGAAUAGUUCGAAACCGGUUCGUUUUUGGGAACUUGUCGAAUAUAUCCCGACAACACCGCCACCACCACCGCCACCACCGCCGCCGCCAACUACCACCACCACAACAACCACAACAACGACUGAGAACCCAUGCGAAUCCUCGAAACCAGUGGAUUUAACGCGUCGUCUGCGCGACACAAGCGGAUACGACAAAAUCUACAUGGCAAAUGAUUUCGUUUCGGCGAGUGCCUCAUUCUCGGACCUUCGAAACUUUGUCCUCAAACCACCAGCCGAAUAUCAUUGCGGAAAACGAUGCCAAAGAUCAAGUCAAAUGAUCCGAAGCAUUAUGAAAGGCCACGCUCCGAGUGAAGCCGUUCGCGCAUGGUGGGAUGAGGAAGAAUGGGACAGACGGAAGAAGCGCAAGUCGGGAUGGGAUGACACCUCAAGAUUGCUAAUGAAGAAUACGGGAACUUCGAGACAUGUUCUGGGGAUGACCGUAGCCGUUGAAUGUGACGACGAAGAUGGUCCCUACUCAAAUGGAGGCUACUCUCUAUGCACAACAUGUCGCGCCGUUCGCCAUCUUCCAUCGAAUUUCUUUCCGCGCGUCAUCAACGAAAUCAUUUGCUCUCAAAAAUCGUGUCUUCAUUCUGAAGGCAAAUGCGUCCAACGGGUUAUGCCAAUGAAGAUUCUGCGGAAUGUGGGCACGAAAGAAUGCGCUCGCUGGGUGCUGAGCACCGUCGAGAUUCGAACGUGCUGCGAUUGUGUGCUGAGUCCGAGCUCACCACUUGUUAGCUACUUGUAA